UGCCCGUACCUUCUUCCAAAAGGAGGCUGGAUUGAGGGAAAAAGACGAGGAGUUACGGUUGCCUGUUCCUGACCGUCAGUCGCGAGAAACCGCAGGGGUCCUGAAACUAGGAGUAAGAUCCGGGAAAGAGAGCAUUGCUGCAUAAAGUGAACUGCAACACUUGGUGUGCGGAGAACUAAGUGGAGAAACAGUGGGAGAUCGUACUUGGAGACACACGCACACGCACACACCUAGUUCCUCGCUGCGUGCACUCGCUCCGCCUGAGAGGAGAGGAGCGAUCUUCGCGGACACACCGAAAUAAUGCGGGAUCGCUGCCAGACGGGCAUUCGGCGUCCUGCACGAGCUCUCCGCGCGCUCUGACCGAGUUGGAAGUCCUGAUUUUUUUCGGGAAUAUUAUUAUAAGUGCUGUCAGCGAACACCGCUGGGCGGGAGGAGGUCUGCCACCAUGAGCGGCGGGGACGUGGUCUGUUCUGGCUGGCUGAUAAAGUCUCCGCCGGAGAAGAAGUUGAAACGUUACGCAUGGAAGAAGAGGUGGUUCGUGCUGCGCAGCGGCCGUCUGACCGGCGACCCCGACGUGCUCGAGUACUACAAGAAUGACCAUGCCAAGAAGCCGAUUCGGGUCAUCGACCUGAACCUGUGCGAGCAGGUGGACGCCGGGCUCACCUUCAACAAGAAGGAGCUGGAGCACAGCUUCAUCUUCGACAUCAAGACCAUCGACCGCGUCUUCUACCUGGUCGCCGACACCGAGGACGAGAUGAACAAGUGGGUGCGCUGCAUCUGCGACAUCUGCGGCUUCAACCCCACCGACGAAGACGGUGGAAAGCCACAGGUGUCCAGCACCAUGGUGAUGGACUCGCUCUCGCACCCAGCGCUGGGGGACGCGGAACCCUCACCCAUGAGCGGCGUGCCGCCUCCCUACCAUCCCGUCAGCGUCCGCCACCUCGAGUCCUCGUCCAGCCAGGAGGAGGCGCCGGACUACCUGCUGCUGAUCAACUGCGAGAGCAAGAAGCCCGGGUCCUCGAGGCUCCAUACCGGCUCCUGCAGGUCGAUGUCCGCAGAGACGGACUUCAACGACAACCUACCUUCGCACCGGCUGGUCUCCUCUGCCCCCAAGCACAGCUCCCCCAAUGGCUUCUUCCCGCAGCGCAGCACCUACGAGUCUCCCCCCCCACGCUCUGCUGACGCUGCCACCGCCGCCGUCUCCUUGCUGCCCCGCAGCUUCUCGCAGGACACGGUGCUGCAGCCCAGGGCGGCCUCCUCCCCCAGGAAGGCCUCGGUCGAGAGCCAGAUGCGACACUUUUCCAUCAGCUACGACGUCCCUCCCACGCCCGGGUCCGGGGGAGUGGGCGGCAUCGCAUACCAGGUGCCCAGGACUGGCGGCGGCUCAGAGUCAGACGUCCCCCCACCACGUCCCCCCAAACCGUCGGUGGCGGCCCCCCCGGAACGCUCCCCCACAGAUAGUUACCACAUACCGCGCUCGGUGUCCGAGAGCGACGGUAACUACAUUGCUCCCACGGGGGCGGCGGGGGGCAAGGGGCUGCGCAGCAACACAGUUGGCACCGUGGAGCUCUCCGUCCUCAGGAAGGAUUUUGGGUCUCAGGAGUGCUAUGAUGUUCCCAGACCCUUCGGCGCCGAUCGCAGCAACUCCUUCGAGCUGAACGAGAGCUUCAACAACUACCUGAAGAACAAGGGCAUGGUGCCCGUGGGCGGGGGCUCCACCGAGGAUAUGGACACCAACUAUGUGCCCAUGGGCGGAAACUCUCCCUCGCACCACCGCUCGGGGAGCCUGGCGGACGCCCCCCAGGAGCCCAGCUACGUGCCCAUGACCCCGGGUGGCUCCGACUUCCCCUCCCUGGGCAAGCAGGUGCCCCCGCCGGUGCACAUGGGCUUCCGCUGCAGCCCCAAGACGCCACCCCGGCGGCCCGUGGCUAUCAGCGACUGCCAGCCGCCACCUGUCGACCGCAACCUGAAACCUGACCGCAAAGGUCAGAGCCCUAAAAUAUUACGAGCUUUAGAGAGAACCGAUUCCCAAACCGUAGGUGGAUUCCAAAAACGACAGAAGGGUAGACCACCCAAACUGGACAUCAAGCCCAUGCAGGAGUGGGAGGAGUUGCCAGCCCCUGUCCACUCCCCGGUUACCCGCUCUUUUGCCCGCGAUUUCUCCAGGUUCCCAAUGCCUCCAAGACCCCCGUCAGCGCACAGCAUCACCUCCAGCACAGACUCUGAGGACUGCGAUGAGAAUUAUGUACCCAUGACAAACUCCAGCAUGAUAGCAGAUGAACCAACCCUGAAGCUCAGCACUCAUAUGAACACAGAUGGUGGCAGUGGCAGCAGCCCCAUGGUGAAGCCCAAACGCGAGAAGCAGGUGGAGUACUUGGACCUGGAUUUGGACCCAGGAAAAUCCACCCCACCUCGAAAGAAGAAGAGCAAUGGGACAGGCGGCUCCAUCUCAGACGAGCGCGUGGACUACGUGGUGGUGGACCAGCAGCGUACGCAGGCGCUCAAGAACACCAAGGAGGCCUGGAAUGAUGGGAGGCAGUCCACAGAGACAGAUGUGCCCCCCAAGGGCCCCAAGUGAGCCGCAGGUCGCCCAAGGAGGCAUCGGCCGAGCUUGGCCAUCCUGCACCUGUCGGGACAGGGGAGUCGGAGCAGAGCAGGUGGAAGGACAACAGCGCUCGGUUUUCAGCCCCACCUGAGGAAACACACCCUGUUCCCAGCAUUUAACCUCUGAUAUCUUGCCACAAGGGGGAAGACUCCUGUGGGCUGGGGGAAGCCAGCUGUUGAGUUCUUUCAGAGACAUCCUCAGACUCAGGGUGAAGACGGACCCCUUUGCUCUCGGGUUCUUUUGCAAAGUCAUGUGUGUGGUUACAGAGGAUUCUGCCAUGCUGCCUUUUAAAGUCCUGACAAGCUUUUUUUUUUUUAAAUUACUUUCAUUUCUCAGCUUUUUUAGGUCACUGUAAAUAAGAAAAAGCUGUUUAAUGUCCGACAUUUAUGUUUCCAGCUUCAUGUCCCAAGCUGCAGUGGAUUCAGAUAGAAGUUUCACAUUCAUUCGUCACCUGAAAGGUAUUGUUCAAUGCAAAUCUAAAAAGUGCAAUCAGACAUUUCCUUCCUUAGUUGAAUAUGCAGGUCUGAAAUGCCAAACGUUACUUCCUUUCGCUUUGCAGCACGCUUUAAUUUGUGUUGGGCAACAUGCAAACUGAGUGACUGUAUAAAUGAAAGUGUCCUUUAACAUGUAUUCAGUGUGUGAAGUGCGCAUUCUGCGGGAUACAAUCCUGCAUCUACUGAAGACGUCGGUGUCUAACUGGCCAUAUGGAUAAAAUCCAUGUGGAAAACAGCGGAGGUGACACAGCAGUGACAGCUUUCAGUUGGUUGUUUGGAAGCUCUUGUACUUAUGCAAUGUUUCAGACUUUAAAGUAGAAAAUUCAGGUACUCAGUGAAAUUCUGUUACAGUGGUCUGCUCUCAAUUUAUGCAGGUGAACAGUCCAUCACAAGACUUAAUUUAUACUGCAGGAACUGGAUUUCAGAACCUAAGGAUGUUUUUUGAUGUGCACCUUUUAUGCACUUACAAAGCAAGUUUCCUGAAAACAUUCCUUCCCAGAAAGACAUACAAGUCUUUUUUUUAAUUUUUGUUUUAAAUUCCAUAGCUUAUUUGUUGUUUAUAUUCCCUAGUUUAUUUUCUACAGAAUUCCUGUUCAUUCUUGGAUGGAUUGACUGCCUUACACAACUCACUCUUUUGUAAAUAUGCAAGAUGUCAGCUAUUUACCUAAAGCGAAGCUACUUGUGAGCCCUCCUGUUUGUAAAUGUACUGGUUUUACUAACUUUGCUGUACUUUAGAUUUUCUUGGGGUUAACAUAUUCCUUUAAUUAGGAAAUGUGUAACUUCCAUUUUAAUUGAUCAUGUACUGUUGGAAAGCAGUGCCUUCAAUAUUAGUUUGGUAUUUUUUAAAAUUGUUCCUCUGUUAGUACUCUGUUUUUGAAAGAGAACUUAAACAGUUUGUGCUAAAAUGUUAUUUGGGGAGGAGAAAUGUGUACAUUUAAAAGUGAACUAAAUAAAAAUGGAACUGUAUGCAUUAGGCCUGUAUGUAAA